AUGGCAAGUAUUGGCUCUCAAGUGAGAAAAGCUGCUUCUAGCAUUGAUCCUAUCGUCACUGAUUAUGCAGUGGGCUACUUUAACCACUUGUCCGGCAUAACCUUCGAUGCUGUUCAGAGUAAGCAAGUAGAUUUAACCACUGAAGUGAAAUUUGUGUCCGAUUUGUUGGUUGAUGCAGGUGCGUCAAAGGACAAGGUUAACGAAUUGGCCGAAAAUAUUCUGAAGCAAUUGACUACUCAACUGAGGGAAAACGAAGCCAAAUUGGAAUUGACCGGCGAUACGUCCAAGAGAUUACUUGAUAUUAAUGUCUUGAAGAGUCAUAACAGUAAGUCCGACAUCAACGUCUCUUUGAGCAUGCUGGGUGUGAACGGUGACAUCGAACACGCUGGUAGAAAUAUGGAAACAAGAGUCGAUUUGAAAAAAUUGGCCAAGGCUGAACAAAAGAUCGCAAAGAAAGUCGCUAAGAGAAAUAACAAAUUUGUUCAAUACGAGGCUUCUAAAUUGAUUAAUGACCAAAAGGAGGAGGACUAUGAUUCUUUCUUCUUGCAAAUCAACCCUUUGGAAUUCGGUUCAUCAGCUGGUAAAUCCAAGGAUAUUCAUAUCGACACUUUCGACUUGUAUGUCGGUGACGGUCAAAGAAUUUUGUCCAAUGCCCAAUUGACCCUAAGUUUCGGUCACAGAUAUGGUCUUGUGGGUCAAAAUGGUAUUGGUAAAUCUACUUUAUUAAGAGCUCUGUCUAGAAGAGAGCUAAAUGUCCCGAAACAUGUUUCGAUCUUACACGUGGAACAAGAGUUAAGAGGUGAUGAUACAAAGGCUUUGCAAAGUGUGCUGGAUGCUGAUGUUUGGAGAAAACAACUGCUAAGUGAAGAAGCGAAGAUUAAUGAAAGAUUAAAGGAAAUGGAUGCUUUAAGAAAGGAAUUCGAAGAGGAAAGUUUGGAAGUUAAAAAAUUGGAUAAUGAAAGAGAAGAUCUAGAUAAUCAUUUGAUACAGAUUUCUGAGAAAUUGGUCGAUAUGGAAUCUGACAAGGCUGAAGCUAGGGCAGCAUCAAUCUUAUACGGUUUGGGGUUCAGUACCGAGGCACAACAACAACCCACCAAUUCAUUUUCCGGUGGUUGGAGAAUGAGACUGUCGUUGGCAAGAGCCUUGUUCUGUCAACCAGAUCUUUUGUUGUUAGAUGAACCUUCCAAUAUGUUGGAUGUGCCAUCUAUUGCUUACUUAGCAGAAUAUUUGAAAACAUAUCCAAAUACAGUCUUAACAGUUUCUCACGACCGUGCAUUCUUGAACGAGGUGGCCACAGAUAUCAUAUAUCAACACAACGAAAGAUUGGACUAUUACAGAGGCCAAGAUUUCGAUACCUUUUAUACCACGAAGGAGGAACGUAGAAAGAAUGCUCAACGUGAAUACGACAACCAAAUGGUUUACAGAAAACAUUUGCAAGAUUUUAUUGACAAAUAUAGAUACAAUGCUGCCAAAUCACAGGAAGCCCAAUCAAGAAUUAAGAAAUUGGAAAAAUUGCCCGUUUUGGAACCACCUGAACAGGACAAAACCAUUGAUUUCAAAUUCCCUGAAUGUGACAAAUUAUCCCCACCGAUUAUUCAAUUGCAAGACGUUUUCUUCGGUUAUGAUGAAAAAAAUCUAUUAUUGAAGGACGUUAACUUGGAUGUUCAAAUGGAUUCCAGAAUCGCCCUUGUAGGUGCCAAUGGUUGUGGUAAGACCACAUUGUUAAAGAUUAUGAUGGAGCAGUUAAGACCACUAAAGGGUUUCGUAUCAAGGAACCCGAGAUUGCGUAUAGGUUACUUCACCCAACAUCAUGUAGAUUCUAUGGACUUGACAACUUCUGCAGUGGACUGGAUGUCCAAAUCCUUCCCAGGUAGAACCGACGAAGAGUAUAGACGCCAUUUAGGUUCAUUUGGUAUCACUGGUACUCUGGGUCUACAAAAGAUGCAAUUACUAUCCGGUGGUCAAAAAUCUCGUGUUGCAUUCGCUGCAUUAUGCCUAAAUAAUCCACAUAUUUUAGUUCUGGAUGAGCCUUCUAAUCAUUUAGAUACUACCGGUCUAGAUGCCUUGGUGGAGGCUUUGAAAAACUUCAAUGGUGGUGUCUUAAUGGUUUCCCAUGAUAUCUCUGUUAUUGAUUCUGUUUGUAAGGAGAUUUGGGUUUCAGAGCAAGGUACUGUCAAGAGAUUCGAAGGUACUAUCUACGACUACAGAGAUUACAUCUUGCGGUCCGCUGAUGCUGCCGGUGUCGUUAAAAAACAUUAG